UAUUUCUUUCUGCUUCUCGCAGACCGCCCUUGGCGCCGUCGCGCGCUUCUUUAGUCUUGACAGAAACCUGCUUGCUGGGCAUCAAUAUCAUUCGCGACUUCGCGUCUUACGAAUUGUUAACCUACAGUACAAUCACCAAUAAAAAGACCUCACCGCCAUCAAUUUGUGGCCACCCUAUUUUUUCAGAAUGGGAAAUAACAAACAGAGGAGAUUCAAAGGCCAUCGCAACCAUCGCAGUCAAUCCAGUCGAGACCAGCAGUUCAUAUUGGAUGACGAAUCUCAAAGUUCCAUCGAAGUAACUAAUGAGGGGGAAUCAGCGGUCCCGAAGAUCCAGCUUGCAAUGUGGGACUUUGGGCAAUGUGACAUCAAAAGGUGCACAGGACGCAAGCUUUCAAGAUUUGGCUUGUUAAAAGAGUUACGUGUGAGUAAUGGUUUCGGGGGCAUUGUUCUAAGUCCUGUUGGAAAGCAAUGUGUCUCAAGAGAAGAUUACCCUUUAAUCAAGAAGAAAGGAUUGGCUGUUGUGGAUUGCUCGUGGGCACGAUUAGAUGAUGUGCCUUUUGUGAGGCUACGUUGCAGUGCUCCUCGCCUCUUACCAUGGCUUGUGGCAGCAAACCCAGUAAAUUAUGGUCGACCAUGUGAGCUAUCUUGUGUAGAGGCCUUAUCUGCUGCUCUAACAAUAUGUGGAGAAGAAGAAACGGCAAAUCUGUUGCUUAGCAAGUUUAAAUGGGGUCAUGCUUUUAUGUCGCUGAACAGGGAGCUGUUGAAGGCCUACUCCGAAUGCGAAAAUAGUUCUGAUAUUAUUUCUGUUCAAAAUGCUUGGCUGUCACAACAAAGUCAGAUUCAAAGGACUCGUUUAGAUGGUGAAGCUGUGGCACACGAAAUUGAGCGUCAAGGCUCCUCUGAUUCUGAAGAUGAUCUUCCACCUAUUGAAAUGAACAUGAAUCAUUUGAAUCGAAUCGAGAGUGAUGAAGAAAGCGAGUAAGUGGAUGUUAAAAUAUCCAUUGUUCGAUCUCGCUCACAGCAUGCUGCCAUCUUAGAAGUAAUCUGGAGACGUGCACAAUGCCCCAAAUAUAUUGGCUAGCUUCGAUUUUAGUACACAAGGUGUCAUAUAGUUCCCAGCUCGCGAUUUGCUAUUAUCUAUCAAAUUUCGCCUUUUAUAUUCA